GCGGUCCGUUGCACAUACCGGAAGUCGAACGGCCGACUGUGGCUAUAGCUGUGGGAGUGGGUGUGCUUACGCUACGGGGAUUAGGAUGAUGGCCACAAUGGCACUGCUGGAGGACACUGUGAUGUCACAAUGGCUUGCUGGACCCCCGGGACCGCCAUUUGAUCGAACCCAGCUUUUGAAAGAUCUGGGCAUCUACAUAGCGGUCUGGACAGGGAUCUUCCUUUUACUGCGGUUUGUUCUGCUUCGAGCAAGGACGUACGACUUCUGUAACCGAGCUGUCUCCAUCUGCCAUGUGGUAGCUGCAGUCAUUCUCUCCAUGCGCUCUGUGGAGGACCCGCUCGAUCCUCUUGCCAAAGUUGGAGGUCCAAACUCGCCCAAGCAAAUGCUGGCGCUGAAUGUUAGCUUAGGGUACUUCAUUUAUGACUUCUUCGGGUGCUUUUUUGACUUGAAGAUCGACGUACCAAAUGCGAUUCAUCACAUCUUUAGCAUACUUGGACUCGCUUUUGGGUUAUGGAGAGAGCGGUGCGGCACAGAACUCAUCGCAUGUCUGUGGUUGAUGGAGCUUUCAAGCCCCUGCAUGCACAGCCGGAUAUUUUUGAAAGAGCUCGGGUAUAAGGACACCACGCUCUCGCUGGUCAACGAGGUCAUUUUUGCCCUUGUGUUCACUUUCGCAAGAAUGGUGGUUGGCCCUGUUGUCGUCGCGGCAACGCUUACAUCGAACAGUGCAUUAGGAGUGAAGCAGGAGUUGCAGGUUAGACUGCAGCAGGAGCAGGCGCUGCUUGCAGAACUUGAGAGACAGGAGGCAGCCGAGCUGGAGGCUGCAACAGAUGCCUCACGUAGUGAGUACCUGUUGGAACAGCUGACCAAGGCCAUGUAAGAUGAGCGUUGCACUCAGGUGGCCAGGAACUUGGCGGAGUGGGUCAUUUUGGAACACAAAGCCACCAGUUCCUAUUUCACCAACUGGGAUGAUCGCAUGGGCCCCCAUUUUCCCAAAAAUCCUUGGCACACCCCUUGUCGCACUUCCAGGCCCACAUCCUACUCCGAUCAGGAAGUCGCGUUGGGCGUGAGGUUGGUAUCGGAGCCCGACACGUGGCCGGGUUGUAGGAUUAACAACACGAUAAUUGAGCGAUCUCGCUAACCGAGGGCGACCUCGACCCCGAAACGCGCAUUGACACGACCCCGUCGUCACUAGAAGCAGAUUGGCUAAUCGACGGGCGGCCAACAUGAACGCUAAUCCACAGAAUCCAAAUCCGCAGCAGAACCCCAAUCAGCAACAAAAUCCUAACCAACCC